AGUAAGAAUGGGUGACAAGAAGAAGAAGGCUCAGAUGUUUGUGAAACUUGUGUCUGCCGCCGGAACUGGAUUCUUCUAUGUAAAGAGGAAACCAAGAAAUUUUACAGAGAAGCUUGAGUUUCGAAAGUUUGAUCCCAGAGUUAACCGCCAUGUUCUCUUUACAGAAGCUAAAAUGAAGUGACAUAGCACAUCGCCCCGUCGCUUCAUUCCGAUAUAAUGUAACAAUCAUGUACUGCUUUUUGAGAUAAUUAUAUCACAUUUGGGAUUUCAGCUUGAAUAAUGCUAAUUUUUAUAUUGUUUCUGACUAUGUUAGUUUUGAUUUAUGGAAUCGUUAUUAUGUAGUACUAUUUGGGAUCGUUUGUUUGAAGUCAUCUGAAUCUAUUUCUAGGAA